AUGAGUGACGUUUUUUCCCCCAUUUGAAGACUGCAACCCUUGGACAAUUCUGAUAUGGCAGGUGUAACAGUGAGUUAGCAAGAUAUCUCUCUGAUACUUGUAUUUGUAUGUCUGUUUGAUAGAGUCAGAAAGAGAUUUGACAGGGUUUUCAUUGUACCAGAGUAAUUCAACUCGAGAUAGAAUGAACUCCCUCUCCGUCUAUGUCAUACUGGGUCUGACAAAAUUGAUGAUCCAGACUACAGACUCUAAAGGGUCUCCCAAUAUCAGAGUGGUUCUGUCUGUUUGGCCCCCAGGAUCAACCAUCUACUUAAGGGAAUCUGUGGCACUGAGAUGCAGUGUGGAAGCAGGUGCUAACUAUUCUUGGACCUAUCACUGGUUCAGACACACAUCUCACAAACUUGUGACCCCAAAUGCUAGACACAUGAUCAGUGGUGACAGUUACUCCAUCACUGGGGUUGCCAAGGCUGACGGUGGUAGCUACUGGUGCCAGGCUGAGCGGAAUGGCUCAACCACACCCUUACUCAGUGACCCCGCCCACUUGACUGUGUCAGAGCUGACCCCACCCUCUUUGGCAGUGAUCCCCAACAGCCUACAGUACUUCCAAGGGGAGCACUUCUCUCUCCAGUGCCCUGCUGUGUCUGAGAGCAACUCCACAGAGAGUAACUCCACAGACUGGACAUUGUGGCAGCUCACUGACUUUGGAGUUAGGUCUGGGUGUCAGACACUAGAGGGCACUGUCAGGAAGGAGGCUCCUGGAGCAUGCAGCCUCUCCUCUCUAUACAGUGGGUUGUACUGGUGUGAGAGCAGCAAAUGGCGCAGCAACACGGUCAAGAUCACAGUGAGCUAUGGUUCCAUGAUCAUUGUUGGCCCUGCUCACCCUGUCACAGAGGGAGAUCAGGUGACUCUGCAUUGCCGGUACUGGUUCCACAAACCUAACCUGACCACCUUCUACAAAGACGGAGUAGAGGUUGUUCUGAACGUCACAGAGAUGACCAUUGACAAUGUGAACGGUGCAGACGAGGGCUUCUACAAGUGUGCUGAACCUGAGAAGUUGGAGAGCCCAGAGAGUUGGCUGUCUGUGAGAAGGAACUCCACCUCAGAAGAGAGAAAGACAUUGUCCUCUGAAGGUACCUUGAUAUGGGUGUUGCUGUUCUGUUGCAUUGUGGUUAUCCUGUUGCUUAUUCCUGUUGUUAUGUUACUGGUUCGUCACUACAGGUUGCAUAUGUGGUGCACCCGCAGCUGUUUCUCCUCCAAAGAAGGGCCACCCCCAGGAGAGGCACCCCAGACCAAGCAGGAUGUGACUGAGGUACAGUGGGAUCUGGGCUGGAUGGAGAUGGCCAACCUGUUGGACAAGCAACAGUACCCUGCCACUGCCAGCUAAACUCUACCACUCAAACCAGAGACUAGUGUGCUUAACACUGUACAGAACAUACCAUAGGAGGCUGGUGGGAGAAGCUAUAGGAGAACAGGCUCAUUGUAAUGGCAUAAGGGAAAUAAAUGGAACGGAGUCACACGUGGUUUCCAUAUGUUUUAUGUGUUUGAUACUGUUCCAUUUAUUCCAUUCCAGCCAUUACAAUGAGCCUGUCCUCCUAUAGCUCCUCCCACAAGCCUCCUCUGGUACAAACAUAUUAAUUAUCCUUUGUAUCUGUUUCUCACUGCUUCUGUUUUUCACAAGAGUUUUUCUUUUAUCUGGUCAAAUUAAGAAAUAAAGAGGAUGUACAGUAUGAGUUAAAAAA